UGUUUUGUUUAUAUUUGUGGGUUCUUGUAGGUUAUAUUCUAUUUUUUUUGUAGUGGAUAUUAGUGAUAUGGAUUGUGGGUAUAAUUUGUGCAGCAAUGAGGAAACAAAAGGUUUUGAUUUACAUGGCGGGAAAACAUGGAUUUAUCCAACAAAUUUACCUAUUCGUGAUUAUCAAUUUAAAAUUGUUGAAAAAGCUUUAUUACAAAAUACUAUGGUUACAUUGCCAACUGGUUUGGGAAAGACAUUCAUUGCUGCAGUUGUUAUGUAUAAUUAUUUUCGAUGGUACCCUAAUGGUAAAAUUAUCUUUAUGGCCCCUACAAGACCACUUGUUAAGCAGCAGAUUGAAGCAUGUUACAAUAUUGUAGCGAUACCAAAGGAUAUGACUGCAGAACUUACAGGUUCAACAACAAAGUCCAAUAGAAAUGAUAUUUGGACACAAAAGAGGGUAUUCUUUAUAACGCCACAAGUUUUACAGAAUGAUUUAGAUAGGAUAUUGAAGCUUGCUAAGGAAAUAAAAUGUUUGGUUUUUGAUGAAGCGCAUAGGGCCCGAGGAAAUUAUGCUUAUUGCGAAGUUAUAAAGCAAAUUUUGCCAUUUAAUAAAUAUUUUCGCGUCUUGGCUCUUAGCGCGACACCGGGUUCGAACAUCUCUGAUGUCAUCACCGUAUGUAAUAGUUUAUUGAUCUCGCAUUUAGAAGCGAGAAAUGAAGAAAGCCAAGAUGUUGCCCAAUACAUUUGCAAAAGGACAGUGGAAACUGUUGUUGUGCGAUUCGAUGGAAAACUGAAGCAAGUCUAUGAUAAUUAUUUAAAGAUUUUAGAUAGAUAUGUUAGAAUCUUGGUGCACCACAGGAUCGUUCAAGGAAACUGCGCUAACCUGAGUAAAGGACGUUUCUUUUACAUUUUAGAAGACUUUAAAAAGGCUAACAGCAUGAACAGAAUUCCAGCGUACGGUGAAAUUAUAAAAAAUUUGAACAUUUGCAUCAUCUUAUACCAUGCGUUUCAGCUCCUGGUGCAACAUGGUUUGCGUGGUUUUAUGAAAUAUUUUGAUGACAACUCUGAUAAAAAUCUGAUUCGAUCUAAUUCGGAUAUUACAAAUUUGGUUGAAGACGUUCGUUGCUAUUUGGGACACAUUCCGAACGUUGAUAAACUGCCAGACGGUUCACUACCCGAGGUACCUUCUGAUACAAAAUUCGGACAUCCAAAAUUUUAUCGUUUAGCUGAAAUAUUAUUAGGCCAUUUUAAAAAUCUUGGUCAAAAUAGUAAAGCUAUUGUGUUUUGUGAGUACAAGGAAAGCGUCGUUGAAGCGUAUACUAUAUUGUUGAUGAACAAAGAUUUGAUAAAACCCAAAAUAUUUGUUGGACAAGGUUCAAUAACGCAGAAGCAACAAAUUGCCGUUUUGGACUCUUUUAGGAAAGGUACAUGCAAUACCUUGGUGUCAACAUCUGUGGGAGAGGAGGGUUUAGACGUGGGCGAAGUAGAUUUAGUGGUUUGUUUUGAUGUUUCCAAUAAGUCUACGGUGAGGAUGAUCCAGAGAAUGGGUNNNNGCAAAGAGCAAGAAUCACUACGCGAUGUUCUGGCUCACAAACAGAAUUUAAUUUCUCAGUUGAUGAACUCGCGGGAAUUGAAGCAAGAACUGAAAAAGCAGCCCAAUAUCAGGAUGGUUCCACCGGAAAUUGAACCGACGUGCAUGAAGAGUAUUAUCGCCAUCGAAAAAGAAAAGAAAAAGCAGACAAAUUCAAAUUUAAUUUCAAUGUUUAAUAAUAUGAUGAACAGCGAACAAAUUAAAUUUAAGAACAGGAUACCAGAUGUCGGAAAUUUUGUGUCUUUGGGCAACAAACUUUGCAGUAAUGAUUGUACAUUAACUUUUUGCAGAACUAAAAAUAAGAGCACAAUAACUCCAUCAGACGAUACAAAUAUUUUAAGAUAUUUGGUUGAAUAUGCCGAAGCGAAACGUUUUAAUCUGCCCAUAUCUCCUGUAAAGAAAAUCAAUUUGAAUGUCGUCCAAAAGAAACAAACGGACAUUCGCUCUAUGUUCAAACAGCAAGCAACGCAAUCAAGCGAAUUGGGCACUCUGACUCCCUUAAGUCAAACAGACGAAAAUGUAGAAUCAUUGCUGAAAGAGAUUACAAACUAUUUUCUUAUUGGAAAUCAGAAUGAAUGUAAGACAUGCAAACAUUUGUUUGCGUGCGAUGUGCAUGUUUUUCCAAAGUUGGGUGAUUUCGACUUUUCCAAUUAUAAACCUCCAAAUGUUGAUAACUUGGAUACGUUUAGUUUACAUGGAUCAAAUGCUGAAGAAUUUGACGAAAACGACGACAUGUUUGAGGAUCUUGAUUUCUCAGUCUUGACUAAUUCGAAAUACAAAGAAGAAAUGGAUAAUUCAAUUAUUGGAAGGACUUCUAGUGAUGAAUCUUUUCCAGUCAUUCAUAAACUCGAGAAAACAAACGUUGCAAAUACAAGUUUUAUAAAGGAGAAUAUAACUAAUGCUAAAUUAAACUUGAUAAGAAUGCGUGAAUCAUCUAAAAAUGUUGACCGGCAAAGCACACAUUUUAAUGUCAAUGGAACAAUUAAUAUUGAGAAACAAGCACAUUUUAAUGUCAAUGAAUGUAUUUCAAAUUUGGAAAACGAUAGUAAUAUAUUUCAAGACGAUGAAGAAAACAAGAACGAGUGUUUCAAUGAAACGUUGCGUAAUGAUUUAUUUUCAGGCAAAGAAGAAACCGAGGAACAAUGUUUUAAUCAGAUUUCGCGCAAUGAAUCAUUUCCUGAUAAUGAUGAUGAUACUUUUAAUCUAUCAUCGGAAAAAUCAGUUCAAAAUUCCCGUAAUUUCGGUGAUGCUAGUCAGGAUAUAAGCAGCGACAAUGAUUUCGAGGAUUUCACUAUUAGUGAAAUGAAAUUUAUUUUUGAAUCAACUUUAGAAUUCUUCAAAUUAAAAUCUUUGGAGGAUUUAUUCAUUGAUAAAUAUGAUCCAGAUGCAACAAUCAUCUGCUCACCUAAUACUUUGCAAAUGUUGGAUUUGGAAUCACCGAUUAUUGGUAGUAUAGAAAAUAGAACUGUUAAUAAUCAUAUGGCGAAGAAACGACUUUACUCGGAUCUUUCACCGGGAUGCGAACGAGUUGCAAAAGUCGUAAAGAACGUGCCAAUCUUAAAUAGUUCUUCGAGUCGUCAAACAUUGAUCAUUGAAUCACCUGAAAUAAUAGAGGUACUGGAUAGUUCCGAUACGAGCACUAAUCUUUCAACGUGUAGUAAAUCGAACGGCAGUACUUCGCCGAUACUGAAUAAAUCAUUGAAGCCCAAAGAAUUGGUGGAACGUUUACAAAAUAUUUCACCCGAUCUGUUCGAUAGUCCUGAGAGAGUGAUACCGAACCCUGUAAUUCGCACACCGAAAUCGACUAUCAAAAAGUUGUCGCAAAAACUGUCGGAGCGAAAGAAAAAAGAGGUGGGUUCGAAAAAUGUGUUGAAAGAAAUAGGAUUAGACGAUUUCUGCGACGAGUCAAUAGCAGACUUCUUCCGUCCGUUGUCAAGUAAAGAAGAAACUAAAAGCAAAUCGAAACGUCAAGAAAAAUUGGACGAAAGUUUGUUUCAAUAUUCGUUCGAUAGCGAAGAAGAUUUCGAAGAUAUUCACGUUAAAUCGCCGGCGAGAAAGGUGUCCCAUCGCAAGAAGAUGACUCCUAAUAAUAGAACUUCGUUCAGUAGUACCAGCAGCGAAUCGCCGGUCUACGCAAAGCGGAAAAGAAUUAACGAUAAGCUAAUUGACGACGAGGCGGACGUUUCUACGGAUUUCGAGUGCAGUGAGGAUGAAGAUGAGCAUUGUAUGGAUCAGCUAGAUUCGAGUUUCGUCAACGAUGAGAGCGUGAUAGAAUCCACUUCAAUGCACGCGCAUUAUUUAAAAACUACCAAGUGUUCAACGAAUACUGGUAAAUUUAAAAUACCAAAACGUCCGAACAAAUACGACCCAUCUAUAUAUUCUCAAUCAGAUAGCCAUGGAGAUGAUUCUUACGUCAACGACUCGUUUUGCGUCAACGAAAGUUCUAUUGAAUACACCCAAUCCCUUUCAGAGGUCGAAGUCGCCGAAAAAAAUUACAAGACUAAAAAGAAGAACAAGAGGAAACGUAUAAUUGUUUCCAGUGAUGAUAGUGAUUAAUUAGGUGAUAUAUUAACAAUGUGUGUCCAAGUUUAUUUUUAAAACAUUUAUUAAAUAUUAUUUUUAUAUCUUUUAAUACAACCAAAUAAAAUAUAUAUAUAUAUUUUUUUUUUGUUACAUUUUAUUUUAUUGAAGAAUAAAAAUGUUACUGCUUCUUUCAUUUCGUUACAUUGUAGUAUUUGAAUUAGCACCAAGCAACAUAAAAUAUUUGUCAAAGGAAUAUAAUCAAGUAAAAUAAAAGUAAACAGAUUAUAUAACUUUAGGGAAGACGACAUUCAUUUGAAUUAAACAGAGUUCCGUUUAAAUUAAGAAUUAAUAGUUAAUUGACAAAGUUAGUUUCUUUCUCCUUCAAACAUUUUGAUUGGCAGUGAGUAUACUCAAUCCUAUUUAAAGCAAUUUACUUCCGAAGCUUAUAAAAAUAUAUUUGAUUGUAUGU